AUGGCCGAUGUGGAUGAGAUUUGGCUGGAGAUGCAGCGAGAGCAGGGAGGUACCACCUACCCUCGCAAGACGAAGGUACAGGACCUGAGCCUUUUGCAGAAGGAAAAGACUAAAGCCAAGAGAGGAGCGAAGCGAAUGGACUCCUCCUUAAAUUGGAUGUCCAGCUGGUCUGCCACUUUGAAGCCGACCGAACACCAGGUGGAGGCCUUCCUCGGUGGCCCGGCGAUGGCCGUGGUCGAACCGCCCACCACCAUGGUGGACGCGCUCGAAGAGCUUCCAACUGGUACCCCAGAGAUUUUCUUGGCCUACAUACAGCGGGACAUCAACUGCUUGUCUGAGGAGAACUUGUCGGUUCGCCUUCAAUCUCUGCAGAAGUUGGAGCGAGUGCUGGUGAAGCAAAUCGAUAGCUUGGCCACUGACAUUGUUGAUGCUGUAGUGGAUGCACUGCUCAAGCCCCUCCUCAAGAGAAUGAAGGACCGGAGUGAGAAGUGUCGGGAAUCUGCCGUGAAGAUCUUGCGGAGCCUCGUGGAGAACACCUCAGAUUUGGCUGCCGCACUGCCUUACAUUUUCCCAUCCUUGGUGGCGCGGCUCGGCUCUGAGGACUUGGAUGGCGUAGCGCACCUCCCAGAGAUCAUGCGGCCGGAUCCUGAACAGAAGCCCACGGAGAUCGCGCAGCCUGUGGAGGACAGCGAGGAGGUCCGACUGCAGCUGGGGCACUUUGUCGCCUCGUUGCUGAGUCGAUGUAGCCCAACGCAGAUCUACUCCUACAUCGAUGAGGCCACCGGGCUGAUCCGUGCCGCAGCGAUGGAUCCCUUCCAUGAAGUGAAGGCCUUGGCCUGUGAGACCAUGAUCUCCUUCUGUUACAACCACACAGAGAUGCUCUUGCACUUUGCUUUGCCGCUGGCUAGAUCCCUUACGUCUUGCCUCACCCACAACCACGCCAAACUCCGCAUCGCGGGCCUCCGCGCGGUGACCGCGUGCCUGUGGUGUGGCAUCUGGAAGCACAACUUCGAGAUCUUUCAGGUUCUGAUGGCUUGGCAGGAUCCAAACAAGGUUCCGAUCAAGGCGUUUUACGAGGGAGUGACCAACGUGAACUACAUGUCUACCUUAAGCUUCGACCGCCAUCCAGCUGUGCGGCGCUUCUGGUUCGAAACCCUGGCGUACUGGAUGCUGCGAUGUGUCGACAAGGUGGACUUGGAGCCAUACAUCGCGCCCUAUUUGUUGACGGGCUUGUGUGACGAGAAUGAGGAGAUCGCGUUGGAGGUCUUUUGGCUGAUUGAGAAGAUUGGGGAGGCCUAUGAGGCCGAGCAUGAGGAGGACUUGAGGAAGACCAAGCAAUAUGGUUUUGACUACCAGUGGACCUACAACGGACGUGCCUCGGUGCCCUUCCCGCUGCAAGGCGUGUGGAACGGCGCGGGACGCUCCGCGUCGUCGGCGGUGCGCCGCAGCGGUGCUCGGGGCCCCGACUUGCUGGGGCAGAAGGCACUGACCGAUCAUCACCACCGAGAGCUUCUCGAUGAGGAGGAAGCCGAAGAGGAAGGGCCGCUGGGCUCGCCCUUAGAGCUCCCACGCCGGGACUAUGGGUGGAACGAGCUGCGGCACCUGGAGGUCUUUCGCAAGCUGCCCCGGCCGCGGUUGGGAUCGCGGAGCUGGGUGCGUACCCACACGCGGCGCUACAUCAAGGCGACCUUCAACGAUGUGGUCGACUUCAGGGACUGCACGGCGCUGAACGCGGGCCGUUUGCUGUGCAUGUCUGUGGCCUACACGGAGGAAGGGGUCACGGAGUGGCUUCAACCUAUGCUGCAAGCCCUUACGAAGUUCUACUCGGGCCGCGCAUGGGCUGCGGGCGACACCAGGGCCAUGCAGACCUAUGGAGCCGUUUGCAAGUUGCUGGGUGCCUUCUUGGAACCGGCAGCGCUGUGGGCGCAGCUCAGACCUGCCUUGGAUGCUGAUUGUGCCCUGGAGUUGGAUCAGCGGGUCGCCAGCAUGCGCAUCCUGGCCAUGUGCUUGGAGGGCCACGUGGCGGUCCUGCAGAGCAUCUGCCCGCCGGACCCAAGUGUUCGCAUGGGGCAGCUGGAGCCGGUGAUCCCGGAGCUGAUCGAGGAGUCUUUGCAGCUCCGCCGAAACGAGUCCACUUACUUCCAACGCCGAAACGGUGAACGUAAGCUUGGCGCCGGCGCCGAGGCCAUGCAUAACUCGGAUCUUCUUCUGAGUCCCACUCCCGAGUCGCGGGAGGCUGGAGGGGGGGAAGAGGACGCGUUUGGCGCCGCUUCAGCCCCUCGAAGCAGUGUUGGGAGUCGGGCAAAAGUCGCCCACGUUUGCAGGGGAGAUGCGGACACCAAGCGCCAUGUUGGUGAAGCGGAUGUGUUGGCAGUGUGGACAUUGACAAUUGCUCUGUUUGCAGGUGAUGUGGACGGUACUCUUCUCCUUUUUGGAGCCCUUGAGACCGCCGAACGGGCGCUGUUGAUUCUGGGUGUUGUUGAUCUUCUGGGCGCGCUUCGGACUGUGGAUGAAGUCGAGAGUAGAGUUCCUGCAGUGAUCCUGACGGAGUUGAGGAGUGCGAAUGCAGAGGUCUCCGACCAUGUGAAGAUGUUGGAGGAUGCCAACGCAGCGGCCGAGCAAAAGAAGGAAGCCUCAAAAAAGAAGAUCGAUGAGAAGGUAAAGGUGAUGCAGGAGCUGCAAAAGAAGACCCACGCGCUGGAAGCAAAGGCGUCCAAGAGCCGUGAGCUGAUGCUCCGUGUGGAGAAGGCACAAACGGAACACACGGAGAAGGGCCAGGAGCACGCGAAGUCCAUUGAGAAGUUCAAAGACCUCAGUGAUGAGAUGGAGUCCGUGGCACGGAAAGUCUUGCUCAAGGAGCAAGCUCUGAGACAGAUCGUCAAGACGCUGAAACGUCAAAUUGCCGCGCUGCGGGCCGAGUUGGACGCCUUGCGGACGACUCGCGAGGCCGCUGAGGUGGAGAUGCAGACACUGAAGAGCCAGGCCUUGUCGGCCGGGCAGUUGAAGGAAGGCGCCGAGCAGGAGCAGGCAAAGGUGGAGGAAGCUAUGCAGACUGCGAAGAAGGAGCUGCAAGCCAUGCAGGCGCAGCUCAACGUGGCGGUCUCCGCGGCCACCGUGGCCGAAGCCCAGGAGGAAGAGGCCACGAACCGGGCUCGGGAGGCUGCCCGAAAGCGGGAUGAUGCCAGGCAGACGCAGGCCUUGCUCAAGAAGUUGCGUCAGAAGGUGAAACUCUACUAUGAGAGCGUGGAGGAGGUGGAGAUGGCUUCUCCAGCGAAGGACUUGAAGCAGCUACCUGAGACGAAGGUGGCUGGAACAAGACUACCAUGUGCGUCCAGCGGACGCUGA